AUGUCUCAUGGAGAGCUUAAAAAACGAAGAAGAGAUGAUUAUGGCUAUGUUCUCGAGUACAGAACACGCUGGUCGGACAAUGAUAUGUACCAUCAUAUGAACAAUAGCAUCUACAACUUUUUAUACGAUUCAAUCGUGAACUCAUAUCUCAUCGAGCAUUGUGGUCUACAUCCGCCCACCUCAUCCCAGUAUGGACUUGUCGUACACUCUCAUGGUGAUUUCUUUGGCUCAAUUGCGUUUCCAGCUGUCGCUGAUCUAGCGUUACGCGUCAACAAGCUUGGGAAAAGUAGUGUCACUUACGAAAUCGCUUUAUUCGAGCGAGGAGUCGAAGAGGUCAAGUCGGUCGGCGAAAUCAUACACGUUUUUGUUGAAAGAGAGACUGGCCGGCCAGCAGCGCAUGGCAUGAACGCCACAACCAAAGGAGGACUUCAGAAGAUCCUCAAAGCUCAACCAAAACUCUAA